AUGCCUCCUAUCGGUGACCUCCUGGCCCAGAUCUCUGGGGAGCCGAGCCCUAUCCAGGCAACAUGCCCUCCUCUUCCGAAGCGCAAGGCCAGCGAGCAACUCCGGAAGCCAGUUGACAAGCUGCAGAAGACAGACGAGCCAGCAGCCGACUACUUCCAGCCCCCCUCCCCGAUUAGCAGGACUUCGAAAGUCAGCAACUCGAUUACUGCGAUGACGCUGAGUACAAAGGACAAACCCGUGGCUAAACCCGCUGCUAAACCCGCUGCCAAACCCGCUGCCGAACCCACUUCCAAACCCGCUACCAAGCCCGCUGCCAAACCCGCCGCCGAACCCACUGCCAAACCUGCUGCCAAACCCGCUGCCAAACCUGCUGCUCGCCACUCCGCGUCGACGACGAUCAUCAAGAACGGACAGCCAACCCCCCCACCUGCUACCGAUGCGCCCAAGCCCGCUCCUAAGAAGGGGUCCUUUGCAGAAAUUAUGGCGCGGGGUAAGGCGGCACAGUCAACUCUUGGACAGGUCGGAAAGAUUCAGCACAAGCGUAUCGAGAAGAUGCCAAGUAAGCGUGAGAAGGAGGAGCUGAAGGCACAGAAGUCCUCGAAUCUCCAGAAGAACUUCGACCCGGAGAGCAAGUUCAGCAAAGUGGCUCCGUCUAUGGCUCGAAAUGGACAGAGCGUCAAGGAUAACGGAAAGGCUGGACAGAGUGGGGCGAGACAAGGUGGAAAGGGCCGUGCAGAACCCGAGCAGCCUGAGAAGAAGAUCAAGAAGGCUGCGACGGCUACGACUGGAUACACUGGAACUUCUCGACCAAAACCCGGUGGAUCCGCCUCGAAGCCUUCUGCCUCUGCCUCGUCGUCACGUUAUGAUAGAGGUCCUGAUAGGGACCGACAUCGGACGAACGAUAGAUACGGUGGUGCUCGUUAUGCGUACACCAGUGAGGAAGAAGACGAGGAGGAGGAGGAAGAGGAAGAAGACUACGAUUCUGACCUCUCUGAUAUGGAAGCUGCGGCAUUCGAAGUCGAUGACGAAGAGGAAGAGGCUGCUCGUAUUGCUCGCCGUGAGGACGCUCUGGCUCUGGCUGAGGAGAAUCGACUCAAGCGAGAAAAGGAAGAGAAGCGAAGAAGAUUGACUGCUAUGGCCAAGGCCAAAUCGAGCAAACGCUGA